GGUGGUUUGACAGAUCGAUCCCAUACGCUUUUACCAGCUCUUUCGGGGACAUGUGUUGCAGCAACCACGUCUGUUGGGUCUGGAACGACUCCAGUGUCACCCACUGACAAACAAACCUUUCUGAAUCGGCCGUGAUUUCAGGCACAAUUAUAUCGUUACUAAGCUGUAUAUGUCGGUCUGUCUUGAGGACCGAGUUAUGUGUAGACAGAUACCUCUUGACUGAAAGUGUUAUUACAGUAAGAUAUAAGUCAAGGUACCUCCCAUAAGUUAAAGCAAGUUCCAUUCAUAUCAUCACAAAAAGAAAACCCCGAAUCAAUCUAAGACAUUACGCGAAUCUUCAAAAGUCCCAACGUCAAACUGCUUUGCACUUACGCAACUCGGAACAUAGAAGCCAAAUUUAUAAAAUGGCAUCUCCAAAGCAGUCUCGCAACAUCACUGUGGUUGGUGGCUCUGGCACAGUUGGCACACCCAUUGUAGCCUCUCUUAUCGAAUCAGGCAUUCACAACGUCUCGGUAGUUACUCGUCCGGACUCCAAAGCGGAGUUUCCCUCAACCGUCAAGGUCCACAAGGGCUUAUACGACGACGAAGCUUUCCUGGCAUCCGCACUGGCCAAUCAAGACGUCUUGAUUCUGGCUCUCAGCUACCAGGCCUACGGCGCCCAGAUCCCACUUAUCAAGGCUGCCGCCAAAGCCGGCAUCCCAUACGUCGUACCAUGCGAGUUCGGCUCAGAUGCCACGAACGGGCCCUUGAACGAGGAGAUCGCCCUCAUGAGCAUGAAGAAACCCUUCCGUGACCUUAUCGAGGAGCUCGGGGUCAGCUCGUGGAUCGGGGUUACCAACAACCCAUGGUUCGAUUUCUGCAUGAAGGGCGCGUAUUUUGAAAUUGAUCUCAAGAAGCGGACCGCAAACCUGCUGGACGGCGGCGUCGUGAAGGCCAACUUCUCCACGCUGGACCGUGUCGGCAAGAGCUUGGCCGCUUUGCUCAGCCUUCCGGAGGCCGAUCUGGCCAAGCACAAGAACGGUUGGGUCUAUUUCAGCUCGUUCCUGGUCAGCCAGAAUGAUAUUCUGGACAGCGCUUUGAGGGUCACUGGCACCACUAAGGAGGAAUGGACGAUCACCCACGGAAGCGCCAAAGACAUCAGAGAAUGGGCUAAGGCAGAGGCCGCCAAGGGCAAUGCGAUGGCGGGUGCGAAGUCGCUGUUCGCUCUGAUGUUCAGCGACGGGUUUGGCGGGAACUACAGCGACAAAGUGAUUGACUAUAAGGAGUUGGGACUGGAGCCUGAGGAGGAUUUGGAUGAAGCCGUGAGGCAGGUGGUCAUAGAGCUUGGUGCAUGAGAGUGUCUGGCCGAUAUGUGCUGGUUUCUCCCUUCUCUGGAUAUUGAAAUACUAUUGCGUACCUGAUAUUUUAUUCAUAUCUGCAAGCAACAUCAAUUUUAAUUAUGUAGUCUUCGAAUACGGCAUUAAAGUAUUAGUUAAAUCUAUCCUCGUAUGAAGAUAUUUCACUCCUAUAUCGUGC